CCUCCUCUUUCGAUGCCGCGCCCCUUUGCACACACACGGCAUCUUCCAGGAAGAAAACCCGGAGUAAAAGGCGUCGGGCGGUGAAUGAACGGCUCCUGUCAGCCUUAAAGAAGCUUUCCAGGGGUUUCCUGCCGCUCGUACACUGCUGUCUGGACGGAGCACAGUCAAAAUGCUGAUUAAAGAAUUCCGAAUCGUCCUGCCCGUUUCAGUGGAGGAGUACCAAGUGGGUCAGCUGUACGCAGUAGCAGAGGCCAGUAAGAGCGAGACGGGUGGAGGAGAAGGUGUGGAGGUGUUGGUCAAUGAGCCCUAUGAGAAGGAUACAGAGAAGGGACAGUACACCCACAAGAUCUACCACCUGCAGAGUAAAGUGCCACGUGUUAUCAGUGUAUUGGCUCCAAAAGGUUCUCUCGAGGUUCACGAGAAGGCCUGGAAUGCAUAUCCUUACUGUCGAACCAUUCUUACAAAUGAAUACAUGAAAGACGACUUCAUGAUUAAGAUCGAGACGUGGCACAAGCCCGAUAUGGGGGAUCAGGACAAUGUACAUGGACUAGACAAAAGCACAUGGGACAAAACUGAGAUUGUUGACAUUGACAUUGCUGACAGAAGUUGCAUUAGUGCAAAGGACUACAAGCCAGAACAAGACCCAGCCAUCUUUAAGUCAGAGAAGACGGGUAGAGGGCCUCUGGGACCUGACUGGAAGAAAGAACUUGCCAACAACCCCAACUGCCCACACAUGUGUGCCUAUAAGCUAGUCACAGUCAAAUUCAAGUGGAGGGGACUACAGAACAAGACGGAGGGCCUCAUUCAAAAGGUGGAGAAGCGUUUGUUCACCCACUUCCACAGACAGCUGUUCUGCUGGAUCGAUAAGUGGAUCGAUCUGUCGAUGGAUGACAUACGACGUAUGGAGGAAGAGACAAAGAAGGAGCUGGAUGAGAUGAGGAAGAAUGAAGAAGUUAAAGGCAUGGGAGUUGAAGACAACUGACCGGCUAACCCAAUCACUCUCUGAUACAGAAGGACUCCUUGGAAACUGGACCUAGAACAACUUGAACGGCAUAAACAAGAAUACAACAGUUACACCCCAAUGAAAUAUGCUCUUAAUAAGAGCUUAUAAUUGUAAAGCAAUUUUGUGCAUUUAUGCACUACAAUUAAAUACGUAAACAACAGCAGCAAGAGACAAGUUUACAAGACUGGGAAUUAGUUUUGAAGAUGAAGCAUUCUUGCUUAUGCCUGUUGGGUCUUCUUCAAUUUAAAACUGAAGGGAAAAGCAACAUUUCUGUAUUUUCCAGUUGUCAGUGAUUUAUUGUGUUUACUUACUUACCAGCACAAGUCAAAUUAUCCACCAGUCUUCUGUCUGCAGAAACUCCAGAGUUACCAGAAUCUUCAAAUGUCUUUUUAUAAUUAAAAUAAAGUAGGCUACAGUACUUUUGAGAAAAUUCAGUUGGUUUCCUCUCUCAAAGAGCUCUUACUGCUAUUUUUUUUCUUUUCAAUAUUGGAAAUCCUCCACCCACCUGUGCAUAAGAUUUCCUGAUGUAAUUUGAUUUAUCAUGACAUGGUGGCUGGAGGCAUUACAAUGAAAAUACGGCUUAUGGUUGAUUUCCUUUAUGAUUUUCAGAGUAGUGUGGUAAUCCCGGUCUGACUGCACCUGCUUUUAGCCAGGUGGUCGGUUUAACUUUAGACAACGAUGCCAGCCGCUGUUUUGUUUUUGUUUUUUUUCUAAAAAUUAUAGCUUUGGGUUGAGGUUUUGAGUGUUGGUGAUGAUAAUAUCUUAUGUAAGAAGAACCUGACCUCUGAACAGAUUUCAAAAUGAUUGACACACAAAGCAGCUCUGUCUUGAUAACUGUUCAAAAGUCACUGUACGUCUUGUUCUGUGUUGAAUGAAAUAACCUGGAUUUUAAUGUAACUAGUCUUGUAAUUGUGUAUAUUAAAGACAAUUUAUUUGUUCCUUG